GUAAUUCCCCUCUAAAGGACAAAUUUCAGUGCUCCUUGUUGGUUGAACAGGAUAAAGCUUUGUCUUCUUCGUCAAAAGAGAGCAGAGCAUAAUAAAAUGCUACCUACUUGUUCCACCGUCAUUAUCAACCGUCCAAUAUUCUUAUCUAUCUGGUAAUUACCUUCCUUGAUUCUAUUUUUUACUCAAUUUCUCACGCAUCCACUUCCAGUUUUUUGCCUAUAUAUACGUGAUUAAUCCUUUUCUUUCUCUGCAACCAAACAUCUCCUAUUUCCUCUUCUUCACACAGAUUGUUUGAUUCAGUGCUCGGUUUCCUUUCAUUGAUCUUCUUGUUUCUGCAAUUAAUCCUCUUGCUCGUAUUGAUCUCUUCUGUUCAUUCAAUUGUAUCGUAGACUGUUAAGUUUUACUUCUAAUUCCGUCAUUGAAGUCUGGUUCCUGUAAAGUUCUUCAGAAAAACUCUGUUUCAAGUUGCAAAAUUGUGUUCUUGAGCUGAAAGAACAAAAAAAUAAUAAUAAUAACUACUCAGAUUCCUUUAACAGUAGAAAAUUUCCCAUUUUCCGACCAUUUUGGAUUUUUCUCUUCUUUUGAUUUUUUUCUUAAAAAAAAGCACCAGUGUAACUACGGUUUUUUCUCAUCUGUUUUCCUUCAUGGCUCCACCUAAUGAUCCAUCCAUUUCAACUCUUAAUUUUCUCAACCAUGAUUCUUCAGAAAAGUGCUUUGAUUUGUCCAAUGGGAUAUUCAAUGUCAAAGGUGUCCCAAUUCUCUCCAAUGUUCCCACUAACGUCACUUUCUCAUCAUUCCUGUCUCUCUGCAAAUCCUGGGAUGCUCCUCUUCCCAUCCUGCAACGUGUCCAAUCCUCCUCUACCAGAGGCGGCUUCUUCAGCCUCACCAAAGACUCACCCUCCGAGAUGACGACGAACUCACUGGGGAAAUUCCUUAAUAGAAAUUUCUUAAGUAUUUUCAGGUUCAAAACAUGGUGGUCUACUCAGUGGGUCGGAACGAGUGGAUCCGAUUUGCAGAAAGAAACUCAAUGGGUCCUCCUUGAUGUCCCUGAAACAGGAUCCUAUCUCCUUAUCUUACCCAUAAUUGACGGUCAGUUCAGGUCAUCUCUUCAUCCCGGCAAUGGCGGCCAUGUCCUGAUCUCUGUAGAAAGCGGUUCUACUCAUGUCAAAGCUUCUUCCUUUCCCACCAUAGCUUAUGUUCAUGUCUGUGAUAAUCCAUACACCUUGAUGAAAGAAGCGUUUGCCGCCAUUAGAGUCCAUCUCAACACCUUCAAGCUCCUGGAAGAAAAAACUCUGCCUCCCAUAGUUGAUAAAUUCGGGUGGUGCACUUGGGAUGCAUUUUACUUGACGGUUGAACCAGCCGGUAUAUGGCAUGGACUGAAUGAGCUCGUCAAAGGCGGUGUCACCCCGAGGUUUCUCAUCAUUGAUGACGGCUGGCAAAGCAUCAAUUUCGAUUCUGACUCUCCCGACUGGGACGCCAAAGGCCUAGUUCUUGGUGGAGAGCAGAUGACUGGCAGACUUCACAGGCUUGAUGAAGGUGAGAAGUUCAGGAAUUACAAGAGUGGAUCUUUAUUGGGUCCUGAUGCUCUACAAUUCGAUCCGGAAAGGCCCAAGAUGAUGAUCGAUAAGGCUAUAGAAAUCGAGAAGGCUAGUAAGGAAUUCAAGAAGUUACUCCAAUCCGGAGCUGACGUGUCCUGGUUAGAUUCAAAGAUGAAGAGGUUGAAGAAAGAAUUAAAUGAAAUGUUUAGUGAUUAUCAUAACAAAGGCAGUGGAAAUGGUAUUUGCAAAACUGAUGAGUCUGGACUCAAGGCAUUUACUAGAGACUUGAGAAAGAAAUUCAAAGGCUUGGAUGAGAUAUAUGUGUGGCAUGCUCUUUGUGGAGCUUGGGGUGGAAUUAGGCCUGGAUCAACCCAUCUCCAUUCUAGAAUAAUUCCUUGUCAAUUGUCUCCGGGACUCGAUAACACCAUGCCGGAUCUCGCUGUUGAAAAGAUCAUUGAAGGCGGUAUUGGCCUUGUUCAUCCCACUCAGACAGAUGACUUCUAUGAUUCUAUGCACUCUUACCUUGCUAGUGCUGGUAUUACAGGAGUAAAAGUUGAUGUAAUUCAUACUCUUGAAUAUGUGUCUGAGGAAUUUGGAGGCAGAGUGGAAUUAGCAAAGGCUUAUUACAAUGGGCUGACAAAGUCUAUGACAAAGAACUUCAAUGGCACUGGAGUCCUAGCCAGCAUGCAGCAGUGCAAUGACUUUUUCUACCUUGGGACAAAACAGAUAUCAUUUGGAAGAGUUGGCGAUGAUUUCUGGUUCCAAGAUCCAAAUGGAGAUCCUAAAGGAGUGUAUUGGCUGCAAGGUGUUCAUAUGGUCCACUGUGCAUAUAACAGUUUGUGGAUGGGCCAGAUGAUUCAACCAGAUUGGGAUAUGUUCCAAUCUGAUCAUGUCUGUGCCAAAUAUCACGCUGGUGCACGAGCCAUUUGUGGCGGACCUGUCUACUUAAGUGACUCUCUUAAUAGCCAUGAUUUUGAUCUGAUCAAGCAGCUUGUUUUCCCUGAUGGCACUGUGCCAAGGUGCCAACAUUUUGCCCUCCCAACCAGGGAUUGCCUCUUCAAGAACCCUCUCUUUGACAAUAACUCCAUUCUCAAGAUCUUCAACUUCAACAAGUUUGGAGGUGUAAUUGGAGCUUUCAAUUGCCAAGGUGCCGGAUGGGACAACAGGCAGCUUAGAAUCACAGGCUACCCAGAAUGCUACAAGCCAGUGUCCGGCACAGUCCAUGUCAAAGACAUAGAAUGGGACCAAAAGGCUGAAGCUUCUCACAUGGCCAAGGCUGACAAGUACAUUGUCUAUCUCAACCAAGCUGAUCAACUCUUGCCCAUAACCACUAAAUCCCAACCCAUUUCGUUAACUCUCCAGCCAUCGACAUUCGAGAUUUUCAGUUUCGUGCCCGUCAAGAAACUCGGUCCAGACACCGAUUUUGCAGCCAUCGGCCUAACUAACAUGUUCAACAGCGUAGGAACUAUUCAAGGAAUGGAAGAUUUUGUGGAAUCUAGAGAGGGUGAUGAUCAGGUUGGUGUGAAGGUGAAGUUGAAAGUGAAAGUGAAGGGGAAAGGCAAGUUCUUAGCGUAUUCGGGUAAGUGUCCAAAGACGUGUGUCUUGAAUGGUGAGGAGAUUGGUUUUGAGUGGGGAAAUGAUGGUAGCCUCAUCCUCAACCUUCCAUGGAUGGAGGAGACUGCCGGGGUUUCUGAUUUGGAGUUUGUCUUCUGAUUUAACUUUUAAUUGCUUAUUAAUAAAGUGGUUCCAAAGAUUAAGAACAAAAGAUGUGUGCUUCUUAGUUUGUAAUCUCUACUGACCUUGAUGUUGGUUAAUAAAAAGUGUUUCUUAUUC